UCUCUCCAUCUUUCCUCAGCAACAGCCACACCCAGCACCCAGCUCUGCAGCCUGGGAGCUCCUCUCUGUUCGCCAAACAGUCACAUUCAGAGCUCUGCAGCGCCCAGUCUGCAUGCAUUGAUGCAUGCAUUUGUUGCACAGCUGCCGCCAAGUGAUGCUGCGCGAGUUUUAAUCGGGAUUCCCCUCCCUGCGCGCCUAUUGGAGGCUUUACGGUAGCUCAAUUUGCAAGAGGGCUGGCCCUGCGGGCCCCUCAGCGCUCUCAUUGUGACUGCAGCUCCACUCUCUCUCUCUCACACACACACAAGGGUAUUAGUGUCAGAGCCGCUCAGCAGCGUAACCCUGCAGAAGCCGCCGCCAGCCCCUCGCUCCCCACGCCAAAAACUGGACACGCCUCACCAGAUCUGAGCCGAGAGUUCAACGACAUACCUUCCUGGUUCAACAGGCAGAGAAGCUCAGCUGUCAACUCAGAUCCAGUAGGUGACUCUCUGGCAGGCGGACAUGGCAGACGGCAGGCAGCCAGAAGACCAAUGGGCCGCCAACAGCCAGGAGAACGGAGAGAACGGCUACUCAUCCUACGGCUACCGGGAGAACGGCUACCAUGCUGCGGCGGCCGCUCCGCCUCCAGUAACAGUGGACGACUCGGCCAACCUGCCUCCCUCCCCUCCCCCAUCUCCAUCCGCUGAGCAGACUGGGCCCCUGGGACAAGAGGAGAAAGUAGAGGUUGUCAGUCAGCGGCCUCCAGUGGAGGAAGUGGCAUAUGAGCAACCAGGAGACUUGCACGUAAAGCAGACAGAUUGUUUAAGGGAGUCCCAGGCUUUGGGUUACCAGAGAACCCAAACACCUGAGGCCGUCAAUGGAGGAGAUCACCACGGUGAACAGAGCCCGACACAGACAGCCCAGCCAGCGGAGAGCAAAACAUCUAGUGAGUCUGAGGUGCAAGAAGGCGAAUGUCCUGUAACGUCUGAAGAAGAACUUGCUUCGAGUAAACAUCCCACUACUUCAGAGAAAGAUCUCUCGGAGGGGUCCUCAACCAAACAGACUGAUAAAGACAGAGGAGAUAACACAGAAGAAUCCCCUGAAGACUGCAAGCCUUUGGAGUCUAAAGGCAAGGACCAUAAAGAUGUUUCGCUGACAGAAGAUGCGGCAAGUCUCGAAACAGAAAAUAAUGCCGGAGUUAUGUUACCCAAGAAAUCACAAGCUCCUUUGAAUGAAAGUACUGAGAAAACUGAGGGAGGAGAAGCAACAAGUCAGGGCAACGGGGACAGUAGCAUUCAGAAAGAAACAGUCCAGUUAAAAGAAGAAUCAAAUAAAGAUUCAAAGACUUACUUUGAGACUACAUCAAAAAGUCAAGAAGAGGGAUUGUCACAAGGCUAUUAUGAACUCAGUUUAACCUCAGAGAAAGGGUUAAGUGUAGAUUAUGACAGAGCUCUGGGUCAAUUUGAAGGACAAGAGAAGAAAAAUGUGAGAAUAUCACCUGAUAAAGCACUGUUAGAGCAACGCAGACUGUCCUUGAACAUUCCUAGUGGGUCUUCGACAGAAACGACUGUAAAAGUAGACAAGUCGAGGAGAUUCUCUGAAAGUUUGUCUCCAGUCAGCGGAAGUUUUGAGGGGACAGAAGUUCCUCCAUUAACCCCAUUUGUUGAGAUGCAUACUUCACCACUUCAGCCUGUAGUCUCCAUUAUUCCAACACCGACACCAUCUGAUAGCAUCCAGACAAUGGAAGACGCUUCUGCUGAGGGGCAUUGUUCUAGCUCUGACAAAUCAGAAAGCCUUUCUGAUAUGUUGGACUUGGCUGGGGUCCCACUUCGUCCGUCAAUACAGAUAAGGGACCACAUGAGACGAAAAUCAAUGCCAGCCAGUGCACUCCUCGGUAAUGCCUUUGACAAGCUGAGUCUAUCGGAACAAAUUUUGAUAGAGGUGGCAGGGGAGAAUCAACAGGAAGAGCUUGGCUACUGCGUGUUCAGUGAAUACUCGGCACCCAUGCCUUCUCCAGCCGAUGUACCAAAUCCUGGAGAUUCUCAACACCAGCACUUCCCUUCUUUGGGUUCUGAAGAAGAAGAGAUUUCUAAAGUAGUGGAAAUUGAAGAUGGCCAAACUCAAGUGCAACAAAAAGAUCAGAAAGAAAUUACCCAGGUUUCUCAAAAACAUGUGUUGGAAAAGAAAGAUCCACCAGUAAAGACCUCCUUGAUUCUGGAGAAAGCUGUGACUAGUGGAUUAAAACCAGAUCGCUUACUAAUCCCAAUGACGGCUUCGAAAGACCGUCUUACUGAACUUCGUCUGGAGACUGGUCUACCUGGGGACAUAAAGAUCCAGGCCAUCCCUGAGGUGGAUGUCGAAAAAGACCCCUCUAGAGAGGCCUCACCCAUCCCACCCGACAACUCCUUUACUUUCACUCCUGCAGAAACCGGAAGUAGAUUUCCCCUGAGUCCCAUCAGCCCCAAGUCUGAAGGAACCCUAGUAACUCAAGGCGGUGAGCCACAGGGGAAAGAUGAUAUGCCUAACAAAUCUUCAGAAUCCAAGAGUGUUGAUGAAGACCUGGAGGCAAACAAAGCGAUGACAAACACUGAGAUUGUAGAUCAACAAGAAAAAGCUGAGGGAGCAGACAGAACCACGACAGCAUCAUUGGAGCCUUUACAAGAUCAUUUGGAAGAAAAACCUUUAAGCUCAGGAGAAAUAGAAACACAAACACCUUCAGAUGUUUCUCAGCAUUUAAGCAUUGAAAAGGCAGGAGGUGAAAAGACUCCCCAAAUCAAAUUACCAGAGUUAAUGCUAACAAAAGACUCAUCAAGGCCACAAGUAUUAUCUCCAAUCAUUGUAAUACCUCAAGCACAAGUAGAUGAAGAGGUCGAAGAGGAGGAUGACAUUGAGAUUGCGGAAGAGCCUCAAGAGAUUAUGGAAGAACCUGAAGAGAUUUUGCGCUCCAAGAGUAAUAUAGCAGCAGAAAGUAUACCUGAUAUACCUGAAGUGGAGGAGCAGAAGGACCAAAUGAGACUGAUGGUUUGUGAUAAGAUGCUGGACGAUGAUCCCAAGUCAGGAGCUGAAGAAUGGAGCCAUAGUGCCCUAAACAGCGACGAAGGAGAGCCUGCUACAGAUAGUUCACACUUGUCCCCAUGUUCUGACCAUGACCUAUUACAGCAGUCUGAGGAAGGUGAUGAGGAGGGAAAAAAGGAAGAGGACCUGCAGGUAGAUAAGAUGGAAUGGACAAAAGAAGAGAAUGGAGGGGUAAAGAAAGAUGAAACUUAUCAAGAGGAAGUGGAAGGAGUUGAUUGUGAUGCAACUGGGGAUGAAAAAGAGAAGAAGGUCCUGAUUGAAGAGGAUGGAACCGAAGAGAAAGACCUAGAGAUUGGUGAAGAAGCAAGUCUGGCAACUAACGAUGAAACCACAAUGAACGUGUCCAUCCUGGAUACAGACAGUAGCUGGAUGGACCCUCAAGAUGAUGACAAAAGUAUCAUGACUGAGCAAAUCGUAGCCCUUCCUCAGACACAGAGUUCUACUGCUGCAUCUACGAUGGUGGACUGCCCUGCUAAACAGUUACCCGGCAAAGGAAGGGGCCGCCUUGGCACUGCUGAAUGCAGAGUGACACGCAAAGCACCGACCUACCAUCCACCAAGAGAGGAGAUAAGAAAGAAAAAAGUAGGCGUGAGGAGGGCUGACCAGAGUAAGGUGUCAGCCCUCCAAAGUCGCUCUCCAUCUCGAAAGAGUGGAGCCAAAGUGGCGGCCAGACAUCCUAGGCCUGCUCCGCUUCACGGCUCUGCUAAGCGCAAGGCCACAGGUGAACACCUUUCGCCAGGUAUGGCACAACACCAGCCACUCAGUGUGGCCCAGCCGUCCAGGGAGAGGCCCACUUCGCGACAGAGAAAAUCUAGCCCCACGAGGGCCGUUCUGUUAAAGAUGGCAGUGCAGCGUGGCGGGGGUUGCCCCCGGCCGGCCUCUGCCUGCAGCCUUAAACGGAGCCCCCUGGUGGAGGCGGUGAUAUGCGAGGCUCGGCCCUCCUCUGCCUGCUCCCGCCCUCCCCCUCCACCAAACAAAUGGGAGAGAACAUACCGCAGCCCGGAGAAGAGGUCAUCCCUUCCUAGGCCGGCCAAGUCUCUGACUCGCCAUAUUCCUGCUGCUGAGCAAGAGGACAGCACCCCCUCCAGGCCAACCUCGAUCCGAACCGACUCCAGAGGAGACGGCAGGUCUGGAAGAGCCCCUAGUAUGGCAGGCACAGACUCAGCCCGGUCUCGGUCGGUCCGCAGUGGCGCCUCCACCCCAGGGUCUGCCGUGACACCCGGCACACCGCCCAACUACUCCUGCCGCACCCCGGGGUCGCGCACCCCCGGCAGCCACACGCCCAAGUCCUUCAGCGUCCUCCAGGAGAAGAAGGUGGCAGUGAUCCGGACCCCUCCCAAGUCCCCUUCGUCAGUCCAACGACAGCUGAAGGUCAUCAACCAGCCACUCCCUGACCUGAAGAAUGUAAAGUCCAAGGUCGGGUCCACAGCCAACCUCAAACACCAGCCGAAAGGAGGACAGGUUCAGAUUUUAAGUGAGAAGCUGGACUUCGCUCAUGUUCAGUCAAAGUGCGGCUCCAAGGAUAAUCUGAAGCACACGCCCAAAGGAGGCCAUGUCAUGAUUCCAAGCGUUAAGCUGGACUUUAGCCACAUUCAGUCUAAAUGUGGCUCCCUGGAUAAGGUCCACCACGCGGCCGGCGGGGGAAACGUUCAAAUCCAGACCAAGAAGAUCGACUUGAGCCACAUCACCGCCAAAUGUGGCUCCAUGUCCAACAUUCAUCAUAGACCUGGGGGAGGACACAUUCGUAUCGAGAACGUGAAGCUGGAUUUCAAAGAUAAGGCUCACGCCAAGGUCGGCUCCCUGGACAAUGCCAGCCACAUGCCUGGAGGAGGGAAUGUCAUGAUCGAGAGCCACAAGCUGAGCUUCCGGGAAACGGCCAAAGCUCGCGUGGACCACGGCGCCGAAAUCAUCAUCACCCAGUCCCCCGGCGUGGAGACGGGGGGCACGUCUCCACGCCUGUCGUCCGCCGGCAGCAUCAACAUGAUGGAGUCGCCCCAGCUGUCCACGCUGGCGCAGGACGUCACGGCCGCGCUGGCCAAGCAGGGCUUAUGAGCUUUCGGUUCGUCCCCCCUGUCCUCCUGUUAUUGUGCCCCUCCCCCCCCAUAGACAUCCAGCGUCGUCGCUUCAGUGCAACAUGACCCGCAACACCUCAUAACCCCCACAGUUGGAGUCCAUCAGGCUGUCGUUCGCCCAUUCGGAUUUUAAAGACUAGAUUCUGCCGCCUUUCAACGGGAAGCCUCUCAGUUCUUCUAUCCUCAACUCAAAUAUGGAUGUUCGUUUCAGAUCCGGUAGGCCGAAGGGUCGAUUGUCUCAGCAAGUGGUUUUUACGAUUGUAUGACGAAUUUUUUGAAGCGCGUCGCCACAGCCCUCCAGAAUUUACACGGUACCGAAUGCGAUUUAUUGCUACUAGAUAAUUAAUGUUGUCUUAAAGGGUACAAACGUAUGAGAGACUGAUGGAAAAAUGCGAAAGAGUGGCUGACAAGUGAACAUGUCUGCUGAAAUGUGACAUGAGUUUGUCUUUGUUCAUCUGUUGGAUUUUAAUGUUUUCUUGCUCUGUUUUCUUUUUUUUUUUUACAUAAAUGUUACUCUAGUGUUACCGUUUUGUACCUUCCCUGUGGCUGCUCUGGCUUAUUGGCGAUAAUAAUAACCAUGGCAGUUGUGUAAAAUGUCGAGCAAUGAACAGCUAGCUUUAUAAUAGGCUUUCUUUUUUCUUUUUAGUUGUUCCCCCCCAACCCCCAAAGCUGCCUGUUUACGUUCGUUUUUAUAUUUGCGCUGUAGUUUUACAAGGUUACACAAUACUGUUGUGCUGGCAUGGCAACAAAAAAAAAAAAAUACCGAUUAAGUUCGAGCUAUUUGCAGCUAUUUUAAACUUUUUAAGUUUGAACAAAAACGGCCCGGAUACAAUCCAAGUCAGGCCUGAAUAAGCCUUGUGAGCCUCCUUGUUUUUGCUAAAACACUGGGUGGUACGAUGUGUUCAAAUGGGUUAAGAGCCCAGAGUUUAUUCAAAUUAAGUGUGAAGUAUGAAGCUUUAUAUGAAAACAUUCCUGUGGGGUAAAGAAGAUAAAAUAAAUGUGUUGGUUUUGAUCAUUGCUGGAAGUCCAGAAGGAAGAAAAAUAGAGUUCUUUUUCUUUGUAAAAAAAAACAACAAAAAAAACAGUAAAACGAAACUCUUCUAUCAGAUUUUUGCUCUCCUUUGUGGAACCCUUUUUGCCCCCGGUGUCAGGAACCCUCCCCCCCCCCUCCUGUUUCCCCGUGCUUCCUCUUUCUCCAUUCCCUGUUUGCCUGUGUAAGUGUAUUUAAAGAAAUGUAGAUGUGUGUGCACUAUUUCCAAUGUUUGAGAUGUACUGGUGAUGACAAAUGCUCCGACAAAAUGACGACCGCAUAAAUAAAGAAAAUAAAAACCGA